AUGCAGCCCACCUGCCCAGCCCAGGAGUCUGUGGACAGCCACCUCAAGCCUGGGAGGAUGGUGGUGUUCGUGCAGCCCACCUGCCCCUUCAAAAAAGAGUCGUUGGUAUUUGUGGAUAUCACAGUCACCAGGAACACAGAGAGGGUUCAAGAUUAUUUGCAACACCUCACAGAAGCCAGAACAGUACCUCGAAUCUUUAUCAGUAAAGAGUGUAUAGGUGGAUACAGUGGUCUAGUAGAGAUGGAUAGACGUGGGGAACUGAUGGUGCGGCUAAUAGAAAUGGGAGCUCUACAGCCGUAAUUACAGACCCAGGCUGAUGUCUCCCUU